AUGCAGCUCAAGUCCCUCGUCCUCGGCGCGGCCCUGUGCUCGGCCCAGGAGCUCAUGCGCUUCGGCUGCUCGCAGCUGGUCAUCGACCGCAUCGACCCGCUGGUCGAGCCGGGCAACACGCCGUCGGCGCACAUGCACCAGGUCAUCGGCGGCAACUCGUUCAACGUGAGCAUGACGCCCGACGUGCACGACCCGCCCAAGCAGUCGACGUGCACGAGCUGCACCUACUCGGAGGACUUCUCCAACUACUGGACGGCCAACAUCUACUUCAAGGCCCGCAACGGCACCUACAAGCGCGUGCCGCAGGUCGCCAACCUCGGGCUCGGCGUCAAGGCCGGCAUGACGGUCUACUACAUCCGCGGCUACCAGGCCAGCGCGCGCGUCACGGCCUUCAAGCCGGGCUUCCGCAUGCUCGUCGGCGACCCGGCCAACCGCGACGCCAAGAAGGUGCCGCGCGGGCUGUGCUUCCGCUGCGAGGCCAACAUGCAGCAGCAGCCGUUCGGCGGGGCGCCCUGCACGGGCUCCGACACGCCCGGCUUCCCCAACAAGGUCUGCGGCGGCGGCUGGCGCGUGACGGUGACCUUCCCGUCGUGCUGGGACGGCAAGAACCUCGACAGCCCGGACCACAAGCAGCACAUCGCCUACCCGGCGCAGGGCACCUUCGAGACGGGCGGCGCCUGCCCGGCCUCGCACCCGGUCAAGAUCCCGCAGGUCAUGUACGAGAUCAUGUUCGACACGCGCCAGUUCAACAACAAGGCCGAGUGGCCCGCCGACGGCAGCCAGCCCUUCGUCUGGAGCAUGGGCGACAACACGGGCUACGGCAUCCACGGCGACUACCUCUUCGGCUGGAAGGGCGACGCCCUGCAGAAGGCCAUGGACACCAAGUGCGCCAACGACCGGUGCCCCGCGCUGCAGCGGCAGCAGGAGGCCAAGGCCAUCGCCUGCACGCGCGGGCAGGUCGCGCACGAGGACAUUGGCGACGACUGGCUCCCUGCUCUCCCCGGCAUGGCUGGCAUGCACUCUUAA